ACGGUGCCCGCGGGGGCACCCGUGAGCGGGCGUGCGGGCGCCUGUGCGCUCGCACGGGGCCGUGCGUGCACGGGUGGCUGCAGCUCGGACGCCUGGGCCCACCGCCGGUCCCGUUUCUCCCUAGGGUGCCGGGCGGCUGUGUGGGUGCUGAGCCCCCCCCCCCCAGCUCAGCCCCAAAGAUGCCGCCGGCCCUCCUCUUCCUCCUCCUCCUCCUGCUCCUCGGGGGGCCGAGGGGGACGGCGCUGUCCUUCCCCCAGGACCUGGUGGCCCGCAGCACCGUGGGGCUGGCAGGCACCGCCGCCUACCCCCGCUUCGGCGGCCUCCAGGGCGACAACGUCACGGCGCAGCUCGGCCUCGACUUCCAGCGCAUGCUGCGCCUCAACGGCACCCUCUUCGUGGCGGCCCGGGACCACGUUUAUGCCUUCGACCUGGGGCAGGACAAGCGGACGCUGUACCCCGAGCGGCACCUCACGUGGGAGACGCGGGACCGGGAGAACUGCGCCGUGCGGGGCAAGCUGCAGGAUGAGUGCUACAACUACAUCAAGGUGCUGGUGCCGCGCGACGCCCGGACCCUCCUCGUCUGCGGGACCAACGCCUUCAACCCGCUGUGCCGCACCUACGGGGUGGGCACCCUGGCGCAGGAGGGCGAGGAGGUGAGCGGCCAGGCCCGGUGCCCCUUCGACACCAAGCACAGCAGCGUCGCCCUCUUCGCCGACGGCAGCCUGUACUCGGCCACGGUGGCCGACUUCCAGGCGAGCGACGCGGUGAUCUACCGGAGCCCGGGCGCCGGCGGCCCCCCGCUGCGCACCCUCAAGUACAGCUCCCGCUGGCUCCAGGGUACCGAGCCCCACUUCGUGCAGGCGCUGCCCUACGGCCCCUACGUCUACUUCUUCUUCCGGGAGAUCGCCGUGGAGCUCAGCGCCCUGGGCAAGGUGGCGGUGGCCCGGGUGGCCCGGGUGUGCCGCAACGACCGCGGGGGCUCGGCGCGGGUGCUCGAGCGCCGCUGGACCUCCUUCCUCAAGGCCCGGCUCAACUGCUCGGUGCCGGGCGACGCCGUCUUCUACUUCGACGUGCUGGAGGCCGUGACGCCGCCGCGGCGCCUGCACGGGCGCCCCGCCGUGCUCGCCCUCUUCGGCACCCAGCGCAACAGCAUCCCCGGCUCGGCCGUCUGCGCCUUCUACCUGGCCGACGUGGAGCGGGCGUUCGAGGGGCGCUUCCAGGAGCAGCGCGGCCCCGACGGCGCCUGGACCCCCGUGCCCGAGGAGCGGGUGCCGCGGCCCAGGCCGGGCUGCUGCGCUGGCUCCGGCUCGGCGGCGGCGUUCGGCGCCUCCGGCGACCUCCCCGACGAGACGCUGGCCUUCGCCAAGGCGCACCCGCUGCUGCGCGACGCCGUGCCGCCCGCCACCGGCCGGCCCCUCUUCACCCGCACCGGCAGCAGGCUGACGCAGCUGGCGGUGGACGCGGGCGCGGGGCCCCGGGGCGGCCACACCGUGCUCUUCCUGGGCGCCGAGGACGGGCGGGUGCUGAAGGUGCUGGCGGCGGCGCCGGAGCCCGGGGCCACCCCGGGGCCCGGCUCCGAGACGCUGCUGCUGGAGGAGAUCAGCCUCUACGACCCCGGGCGGUGCCGGGGGCCGCGGGGCGCGAGCCGGGUGCUGGGGCUGGAGCUGCACCCGCCGGGCCGGGAGCUGUACGUGGCCUUCGCCGGGUGCCUGGUGCGGCUGCCGCUGAGCCGCUGCGCCCGGCACGGCGCCUGCCGCAGGAGCUGCCUGGCCGCCCGCGACCCCUACUGCGUGUGGCUGCCGCCCGGCCGCUGCGUCCCCUUCUCCGAGGACCUCCCGUCGGGCUUCGAGCAGGACGUGGACGGAGCCCCCGGGCUCCCGGGGACCUGCCAAGAUGUGCCGACCACCGGGGACGGCGACGGGGACUUGGCCCACGGACGCGCCGGGCGCCUCGGUGCCGCUGCCGGUGCUGGCGGGCUGCGUGCUGGGCGCCUUCGUGCUGGGCGCCCUGGCCGCUGGGCUGCUGGCUGCCUGCUACCGGGGCGGGCCCGGGGCACCCAAGGGCGCCGAGGCGCCGCCGGCUCACCCCACCGCCCGCCUCUACCCGCCGCUGCCACCCCGCUGCGGCGACCCACAGCAGCACCCGGAGCUGGCCCAGCUGCCCACGCCGGAGGCCACCCCGGAGCCGCCGGCCAGGACGCCCCGGGAGCGCGGGCCCAGCACCCCGGGGUGCCGCCGGUGCCCGCCGCCGGCCUCGCCGCCCCUGGACGAGCUGCUGCGGCGGCUGCACGGGGCCGGCGGCUCGGGGUGCCCGGUGGUGGCCCCGGCGGGGGCCGGUCGGCAGGGGGAAUGGGAGCAGCCGGGCGUCGGGCGCAACCGGGGCGCUCGGCGCUUCGACGUGCCCCCCGAGAGCCCCCCGGCGCCGAGACGCUCGCUCGGGGGGCCGGCGCGGGCGCUCGCCCGCGUGCACUCGGCGGGGGCCGUCGGGGGGCUGCCGCCCGCCCCCCGGCCUGGCGCCCUCGGGCGCUCGCUCUCCGCCAAGCCCCAGCUGCCACCCAAGCCCCUGCCGCUGCCACCCGCCGCCGCUGCUCCCGGGCGGCCCUGAGCCGGCACCGACGUCCCCGGUGUCCCCCCGCCUUCCCCGCGGCCUCCGAGACGGGCGUCCCCCAAGCCAGCCCGGUCUCCCAGCCCUUGGCGACAGGGUCGCUGCUCCCUGAGCCACCCUCACGUGGCAGCCCUGGGUGAUGGGACCCCCACGUCCCCAUGUCCCAGCGCCUGGUGAUGAAGGUCUCCACGUCCCCGGCCACCAUCGCGUCCAGCACCUGGUGAUGAGGGUCUCCACGUCCCCUGCCACCUUCGUGUCCCAGCCCCUGGAGACGGAGGUCCCCACAUUCCGACGCCCCUUCCAUCGCCCUGGGUGACAGGGAUUCUCCCAGCCCCUUGUGACAACGGGUCUCUGUUUCCCAAGCCCUGGGUGACGAGGGGGGAACCAUCAUUUCCCAGCCCCCACUGACAGAGGUCUCCGUGCCCAUGGUCAUCCUCACGUCCCACCCCUGGGUGAUGGGGUCCCCGUGUCCCCGGCCACCCUCAAUGUCCCAGCCCCUGGUGACGAGGGUCCCCGGCUCCUUCCUUCCUUCCUAAUUUAUUUGCGCGGCUGAAGCCACCGCGGCAGCGCGGUCCCUCGCUGAAGGCUGCGGCCACCUCAGGGACGCGGGGGACCGAGGAAGGGCGCCGGGCGGGGGGCCUCGGCGCGCUGGCGCUCGCCUCGUCCUACCGUGUAGGACCGGGACUCGGCCCCGGGCGCCCGCGGCGAUUACAUGGUUUUUCAUGUUUU